AUGUAUUACUUCCAGCUGGUGGACUGGUACGUCGCUGCCCUUAGUACAGUGGUCAUUGGUAUCUUGGAAUGUUUGGCCGUGGGCUGGAUAUAUGGUGCAAAUAGGUUCUGUGACGAUAUUGCGCUGAUGAUUGGAUCCAAGCCUCCUUUCAUAUUUGAAAUUCUGUGGAUAUUUGUGACACCAACAUUGCUCUCGGCCGUGUUUAUCUUCACACUCCUGUCCUAUGAACCGCCAACACUCAAGGGGUAUGUCUACAGCAAAGGUCUAGAAGGCCUGGGAUGGUGUAUAGCUCUGAUUUCCUUUAUACCGAUCCCACUUUAUGCAGCCUACCUACUUUUCCAAGCUGAAGGCAGUUUUUUGGAGCGCCUCAAGAGCACUUGCACACCAUCCAAAGACUGGAAACCCUCAGACCCUGAUCUGAGAGACCAAUACAUCAUGGACACCAAGCACCUGCCUAUUUGUAACCUCAGAAUGCCAUGCUCCAGAGUUUAGGCCCUCUGUUUCUCCCAAAUAUAUCCCACGUUUCUUAAGUAUUAGUAGUGAAAGCGAAAAUAGUCAUCAAACUACCAGAAAUGACAAUACUUUUUUUUAACCUUUGCACUGUUUGAUUAAAAUAUUACUCUUUUAGACUCCCACCGAUGCCGUUUGCGCUGACAUAAUACAUCAUAAUAAUAUUUUUCAACAGACAUACAAAAUGAAACUAUUUGUGUGGCGUCGUGGUGAAAUCAAGCGCUCGUCAUGGUGAUGAAAUUAUUAAAAACCACAUUUUACCUCCCCUUGGGCAAAUCGAAUUUGGGAAGUGUGAUUGUGUGUGUUGGGGGCGCGGGGGAGGGAGGGGCUCAACAUCUGUUGUGUCCACUUUAGAGCACAUUGCUGUGUAGAUUUUACUGAAAUACAUUGAUCAAAAGUGCUCUCAAUCUUAAUUUCCAAGAACAUACAAGCUUUGGAUAUCACCAAAUGUUGGCGGCAUUCUUCUCGUUAAUUUUACUUGUGACACCAGGUGACCCCCAGUCUCCUUUAAUAGCAAAUGUCUCAACUUCUUUUUCAAGAUAGAACAUUACUAGAACCCCAAAAUAUGCAUAUCGCUUUGGCAACCUUUUUCUUAGAUCACCCAGUAGAUCUAGUGCAGAUCCUCAAACGCUAAUUUCAUGUAUUUUGAUUUGAUGAUGCAUGCUACGCAGAAUGUUUCUUUUUUAACUUAAAGAUUGUUAUAUUAUUAUUCCUUUUCUGCGACUGCAGCACGCUGAAAGGAGUGGGGGUUGUGAGGGAAAGAGUACACUGUAGAUCUACCUACAUUCAAUGUGCAUGAGGAGUGAUGUAUCUAAUAUUUUAUUUUCGGAAUAUUUCCCCGUACGAAAUUGAGAACCGGGUGGAGAUUGUGAGGAAUGUUAUAUUUCAUUUACGUUAAGGAGGAGCGAUGUAUUAAAACAGAUUUUAUUAUC